CUCUUUCUGGGCUACUUCAUAUCCAUUUGAGAGCUUUGAGCUUCACCUUCUGCUUGAGCUCUUUUCAGCCGGAAUCUAGGAAGAACUUGGGGCUGUGACUCGACUUCCAAUGGACUCACCAACGAAGCCUAACACACCCUCGACCCAGGAGUUUUCUCAGACGCCUGGUGAAGGAUAUGCAGCUGACCCUCGAGCUGUCUCAGGACUAGCACAGAACCUUAGUAACUUGACUCUCAACCCUAGUACCGAAUCCCCUUCCCUUCCACCAAAACCUUCACCCCAACAGGAGGACAUAGGAAACGACUUGAAGGCGUCUGGACUGGGGCUGAAUCAAGGCAUGCUUUACACGAGGAGACGCGGAGCGAGGACGGUGGCCAGUGUUCAGAAAGAAAUGAAGGACAUGAAAGAGAGGGUUCGAUUGAUGCUGAUAAGAAGGGCGGAUGCUCUUAAAUAUCGCACCUUGUAUCUGAAUAAACCAGGAUUUAAAUGUGGCUGUAGUCAUUGCCUAUUACAUCCAGAUCCUCUUGAUUGUAUUAUUGGCAACCAUUGCAUGGAGCCAUUUUAGAUGUAC